CUCUCUCUCUCUCUCUCUCUCUCUCUCUCUCUCUGAGAAUGUCAAAUUUUAAACAGAGUCUCUGUAUUAUAUUCCUUCUUCUCCUCCUUAAUUCAAGCCAAACACUAUGUCACACCAAAGGAAUUCGGCCAAAGAAGCCGGCAGGGAAGCGUUUAUCACCAAAUAUAACCCAUACCCAAUUUGCAGAACAGCAAUUCAUGAAGUGGGUAAAGUUUGUUGGAAGUCUCAGACACUCCCUGUUCUCCACGGCAAAGAACAAACUCUUCCCUUCUUAUACUCUUAUCGUCCAUAAGAACCCAGCAGCUGGAGAUUUUACAACAAUUCAAGCCGCCAUCAAUUCGCUUCCCUUUAUUAAUCUUGUGAGAGUUGUUAUUAAGGUCAAUGCAGGAGUAUAUACGGAGAAAGUGAAUAUACCACCAUUGAAAUCUUUCAUAACCAUAGAAGGAGCAGGUGCUGACAAAACCAUAGUUCAAUGGGGAGACACAGCUCAAACAAUUGGGUCUAAAGGGCAGUCUAUUGGUACCUUCAAUUCUGCAACAUUUGCAGUAAAUUCCCCUUAUUUCAUAGCAAAAAACCUCACUUUUAAGAACACAACACCUCUUCCCCCACCAGGAGCUUCUGGAAAGCAAGCAGUAGCACUUAGGAUAUCAGCAGAUACAGCAGCCUUUUGGGGUUGUAAAUUCUUGGGAGCUCAAGACACACUGUAUGAUCACCUGGGCAGACACUAUUACAAGGAUUGCUAUAUUGAAGGUUCUGUGGAUUUCAUCUUUGGCAAUGGUCUCUCUCUUUAUGAGGGUUGUCAUGUGCAUGCAAUAGCUCAAAACUAUGGGGCACUCACAGCACAAGGAAGGGGAAGUCUGCUAGAAGACACAGGGUUCUCUUUUGUGAACUGUAAGGUCACGGGUUCAGGAGCUCUAUAUCUUGGUAGGGCAUGGGGUACCUUCUCUAGGGUUGUCUUUGCUUAUACAUAUAUGGACGAUAUUAUCCUUCCCAAAGGCUGGUAUAACUGGGGAGACCCCAACAGGGAAAUGACCGUAUUCUAUGGACAGUAUAAGUGCACUGGACCAGGAGCAAUCAAUGCAGGAAGAGUUGUAUGGUCGAGAGAAUUGACUGAUGAAGAGGCCAAGCCUUUUAUUUCUCUGAGCUUCAUUGACGGAUCAGAGUGGAUCAAUUUGUUAUAGAGGGGGUGGCUUCUC